ACUCAUACCAAUAAUUGGAACACGGGUUGGGUCGGGUUGUACGGAUUGUGUAAUCCAAAAUCCAAACCCAACACAAAAGAGGCGAGUUGUUCAAAAGAAAACCCUCACCCAACCCAAAACCUUUGAUUUAGCGAUAAAUACGGUUGGGUUGGGUCGGGUUUGAUGGGUAGGUCGGUUUGCGGGUGUGUUUCUUCACCCCUAUUUCUAGCGACAAGCAAGCCGUUUCUUAUUCUUCCACCGUUUUCGAAUUUCCCAGGAAACCCUAGCUUUCAUCUGACGGUCAUCGAUCCAAUGUCUACCCUCUGCGACCCGACGUCCUCCUGCAACCCCGAUAAGGAAUCCGGCAUCCGCAUCGCCUGUAACUCUGAAAAUGUCUCUGAAUUUGCCUUGGGUGCUAACGGCGACAGCGGAUCUGCCUGCAGCGAGGCCCUCUUCCUUUCCGAAAACAAAGGCUACUACGACUCCGCUUGCAGGCGUUGCCGAGAACUUGAGGCGAUUGAGCCGAUUCCCAUGCCUGGCGACGACAAGUACUUAUUUCCCUGUGAGCAUGGAGAGUUCGACAAAGAUGAAGGCCUAAAGUUACGUGUUAUCCGCUAUAGGAAGUCGAUGGCGAAGACCGGCGGUUUUGAUGUUGACUGCCCUCCACUGCAUGCUCAAUUCGAUGAAAAUCUACCCCAUGCACAUCUUAGCAAUAUCACUGGCUUCGACCAUCGUGUGAGGAAGGCUGCUCUGUUCGUGAUUGAUAGAUAUAAUGAAACUAAGAGUAAGAACUUGGCGCUUCUGGAUAUUUCCAAUGUAUGUGCAUAUAUUGGUGGUCGUGUAGUACUCUUUAUAACCUUUGAAGGAUACAAUCCUGAGAAGCCUGAUAAUUAUGUGGAGACUUACCAAGCUGUGGUUUCCUGCGUUCAUCGAAGUAAUGAAAAAGUGGUUAAGAUAUUCAGGAGGAAAUCAGAUGGAAAAGGUUAGACUGUUAACUAGGAUGUGCAUUGUUGCUCACUGAGUGUUCAUCCAUUGAAAACUCAUGCAGUUGAACAUAAGAUGGUAAGGUGCAGUCGUGUGCCCAUAUGUUUCUGUACAGUUGAUAAGGAUUCCAUUCACAUCCUUCUUUUCCCCUUUGGGGUUUCUCCUUGCUUGGCUUGUUAACACAGUCAUGCAAUCCUGUACUUACUCCCUGAAGCAAAGCGUAGGCUAUCACUUUGGCCUUUUGGUCAAGUUGAUUGUGUUUGUUUCAGCUACAUCCAGAACGUGAAUGAACUGUAAAUUGAUUGAAAGUAUUCUUAGUUUUAUGUUUGAUUUUCUUGGAACAAAUAAUGGGGAAAAAAUCCAAAACUACAACGGUUUAAAAAAAAAAUUACAAAAAUACCACCCACUUCAAAUAAUUUCCAAAAAUACCAUCGUUUAUAUAAAACCGCGCCUCUAAUGAGCGGUUUUGAAUGAAACCGCGCCUCCAGGUAGCGGUUAUCAUUAUAACCGCGCCUCCAAGAGGCAUUUUUAAUUUCCAGAAAAAACCGCUUCUAGAAGGCGCGGUUAUAGGCUACUAACCCUACCACAAAACGCUUUAAGAGGGAACGUUUAAACGUCGGCAUUACAAACCGCCUCACCAAGCGGCGGUUUAUAUUGUCAGGACAUAAACCACUGCCCCAUGGCGCGGUUUGUGCCUGGUCACCCGACAGCAAACAUGUCGGACAUGUCGGCAUGCAGGGGGUAGGGCUGCAUGGCAGACCUAAAACCGCUCCCCCCAGCGGUUUUGCUGCAAAAUUUGCCUAUAAAAGGCUGUUUCAGAGAACUCAAUUCUUCACACCUCCUCCUCUUCCUUCUUAAAAUUUCAGCUUUGCACCUUUAAAUUAUUUAGUUUUUGUGAUUAACGUUAAUUUGUAAGUUUGUUUCGUAAAUACUUUUCAUUGUCCUUUGUGAUUUUAUGUUAGUAACUUAAUUACUUUUCAUUGUCCUUCGUGUCUUUUGUCAUUGGGCUAAUACCACUAAAAAUACCAACUUUUAGUGACUUUGCCAUUUAUAACAAAACUAUUGAUAUGACAUUUGUAUACCAAAUCGUCUUUUCCGUUAGUUUGACUGUUAUAUUACUGGGAGACUAGUCAAUGCCUAUCUGUCACGCUGAUGUGGAAAUUAUAACCCACCCAUUUAAUUUUUGCAUUUAAUUAGAAGAAAAAGAUAAAGAAAAGGAUAAAAGUAAAAUAGAAAAGGGGAAAUUAUUCACCCUGCCUCUCUCCGCCACUGUUCUCCUUCCCCAAAUCUCAUCGACAGAUCUGGAUUCAUCUCAUCUAUAAUAGAAAAACAGGCAGAUUAGACAGGUUAAGCGGAAUCGGGAGGCGGAGGGAGAUUUAGAUCCAGAUCCAGGGAUCCGGUUGUCGUUGUCAUCGACGCCGGGUUCGGAUAGCUGGUUUGGUGAUGGUCGUCGUCAUCGUCGACGUCGGGUUCGGAUCACCGCUCCUGGAAAUCCACCAGUGGAGAAAGCCAAGGAAGUCACUAGGAUAGGUUGUGGAUGCGAGAUUGGAGAGCCGAAAGAAAAUUCCUUCUCUGGAACGAAGAUUCCUCCCGCGGCUGCAGCGUCAUCAUCGUCGAAGUGUGUCGGCCGUAAGAACAAUAGAGCGGUGAGCCAGGGGAUCCACUUCCGUGAUUGGGAGGCGGCGAGAGAUGGAGGUCGUUGUCUCCAUUGAAGAAGCUAAAUCGUCGCUCAGCCUCGUUGCGCGUCGUUGCGUUGUCGCCGCUCAGCCUCUGCCCAGAGCCCAAGGAAGAAGCUAAAUCGCACGGCGCAUCGAGGAGUUGGGAUCGUCCGAAGAAGCAGAUGUGGCAUGACGGCGUCGGCGACGAGAGGAGUGAACCCUGGCAGUAAGGAUUGCAGAGGAAGACAGAGGGCCAUUGUUUAGAAAAUAUUUAUUUAAAAAUAAAUUAAUAAAAUAAAU